AUGGCAGCAGCCGAAGAGGCACUGAGCGCCAGACCCAUAGAAGCAGGCCUCCACCACCACCUGCACCCCAGGGGCAGCCUACGCCCGGAGGCCUCCAAGGCAGCCCAACACGCAGCGGCAGGGGGUAAGAUGGCACUGAACAGCACAACCAGCUCGUUGCAUCUUUGGCGGAUUGUGGUGGGAGCCACCGAUCUCUCCAAGCUGCCAGAUGACGUGCAGACACACACCGUGAGCAAAGUGGUCCUCCAUCAAGAUUAUAAUCCCCUCACGGAGGAAAACGACAUCGCGCUGAUCAAGCUGGACAGCCCAGUGACGUUCAAUGACUACGUGCAACCGGCCUGCUUGCCUCGGGUCACCAUGGGCUCCGAAACCAACUUCACCAGCUGCUUUGCUACAGGCUGGGGAAUCACGGCUGAAAACAGUGUGAGGACCUCCGAUGUCUUGCAGGAAGCCAAACUGAACAUCUUGGACACCCAGAAAUGCAACAGCAGCGAUUGGUACAAUGGGGCGAUGAGCCCCCACACCUUGUGUGCUGGCUAUGAGGAAGGAGGGAUCGACACUUGCCAGAAUUCUUCCUUUUGCUUUGUUGAAGGAACUGUGGUGGUCUGGUUUGCCCAGAAUGCUCAACUCCGAGAUUUUAUGGAUCAUUACGGUUCUGUCUUGUGA